UCCGAUUCGGAACAUUUAAAAACUCCUCGGCAACCUUCAACGCCGCCAAAUCUGUUGCUGGUGAUUCACUGGCCCCUCGCAAUCCACACAUCUCACAUUCCGUUCCACUUUCAUUGCGGCAUCCGAACCAACUUAACACCUGUUCCUAAAUGUCAUUCGGUUUGUGGUUGGCGUGAAGUCUUUGUUGGGGUUGGGUUUAUCGCGUUAAAAAAAUCGUUUUCUACCUAAAUUUCGCAUUGAAAGGGCCUCUUAAUGCAACCUGUUCGGUCUGGGAUAAGUUAAGGCCUUCAAACCGGGUGCCAUGAAUACAAAAUCCAACGAAAUGGUCGGGCCGCUAGGUUCGGCCGACAAGAACAAGCAAUGGCAACGGGAAUUGCUGAUGGAGAGGUUACGCACGCACUCGGCCCAGAAUAAGUCUUUCGCGGAGCUAUCGAAAGCAAUGCGAAUGUCUAUGCUGGAGAAGAGAUACUCCCUGGACCCGACCGAGCGGGGCACCCUGCAAAAGUGCCUGGACAGUAUGCAGCACUGCAUCAAGGUGACAACGCGGCAGGGAUUGAUCGAGCGGCUGGAGAGCCUCUCGCGCCAGCUCGGCCUCAAAUUCAUGGAGGACACGUCCGGGCUGUUCAUCUCAUCGGAUAUGUUCUACUUAGAAAUCGUCCUGGACGCGGCCGGCACUCUAAGUGACGUCAAAGUGCAUCACGAGUGCAAGAUCGAACAGCAAUCGUGCAGCGAGCUCGUGACGUGCCUGCUCAAGGGCGACUUCGCCGAUUUCACAACGCAGCUGGAGGGACUCUCCUCCAUUUACCAACUGAACGCCGAGCCAAAAGUCAAGAGCAAGGCCUUCGUCGCCCUGCAGGCCAUGGAAAUGGAUCUCUACAACUUGUACGCCGCGCAGAAUUUCCACAAGGACGCGCAGGUCACUCUGCUUGAAUCGAGCGUGGGAAUUGUGCAAAAGCGGCGCGGCGGGCACCCUAUGAAGCUCACCUACUUCGUCUCGCCGUACGACCUCCUCAAUUUGGAAACAAAGUCGAUGGCUCCGCUCACCAUCGACAUCAUCUCCACGCAGAACAUCGGCAUGAGCGUGACUGUUAACUUGGAAGCUUCGAAUCCAAACAAGCUGCAAAUAUCGCCGACGGUGACCUUAAACGCGGACGCACAGGGAGCGAGCAUUCCGGUGUUCUCGCCGAUAACGCCCACGAACUCGACAGUUCUGCCAGCGACGUUUGUGCUUCGUCUGAAUAAGCCGAUUCCUGUUUGUGAUAGUUUGCUGGACGCGAUAGUUGCCACCACGCAGCAGAGUUUGAGCGAACCCGACGGCAGGACGUCUAUUAUGGAGCUGGUGGUGCAGACGGCGUCGAACGGGGCGCUGCGCAACGGUAGCAAGGGUCUGUUCAUCACGUUGCCUGACCAGAACCAUUGCUACUUCUUCACGGAGAACAAGCGUUUGAAGGGCUCUGCGAUUUCAAGUAUUCCUUAUACGGAACCAUCGCAAGUUCCGAAGGUCCUUACCAUGCUGAGACAGCAGGCGUUGUUUUACACACUUCUUGCCAGUUGCGUUCGAGAGGACUCGAAAAUGGGAGAUUUAGAAAACACAACAAUGUUGGAGGUUAGUGCAAUAAACAACCAUCAAAUAUCUGUUGCCUUGGAGCAUCCGUUCGAAGAAUCAAUGGCAACCGUGGAGUUCAACCUGAAGGAUGCAUCGAACAUCGACUGUCACAUAUAUUCGUUGACCAAUAACUACGAUGCCAUAGCAAUUAAAAUGACCAAAAUCAUCCAAAAGACACUAUCAAUCCCCAUAACGAUUCGAGCUUUACUGAAAUUCUGGGAUCAAGAACAGAUGAAAGGAUUCCAUCGUGGCGGCAACGGAAUUGACAACGGAAAUUUUAGUUUGCCCCUUGGUCCAAGUGAUCCUGGCGGGCGAAUGAAUGAUUUUCGCGAUAUUAAACCAAAAAAUGAGCGAGGUUUGAAUGGAAACUUUGGCGGUGGCAAUAGGCAGUUUUUUCAUGCAUCAGCCGUGAUGAUGGGAGGUCCAACGCAAGCGUUUGACAAUAACGUUCACAUGUUUGACCCGGGAAGCGACGGUGCGAUGAUGAACCAGUUUGGCAUGAAAACGUCGCUUGACGGCAACUUUAUAGAGUCAAAAGAUUGUGCAGGCGGGGAGGAUUUUUAUAAAAACCCAAAGAGUAGAACCGAUAAUUUAAUGAAUCAGAAUUUAUCUGAAAAUAGUGACUCCAGCUCUUUGGGUACAUCGACACCAACCUCGGAUUUAGGAGUCGCUAGCAAUAUUAACAUGAGAAAAGGCUUUCAUAUAGAGUCGGACAGCAGCUCGCCUUUCAUAGAUGGCGAGUCUAGUCGGACUUCACUUAACGACAACUUAAUAGAAAUGACGCAAAAAACAUCACCAAUGCUUGAUAAAUCAACACUGCCGGAGGAAUGGCGUCUGAAAAGUUCGUCUGUCGAUUCGAAUGUCAGCAUACUGCCGGUUACGUCGACCGGACUGGAGCUCAAUUCUGUUCUUUCCGGUAUGGGAUUGGAACGCAGGCCAGGUAUAGAAAUAAUUCCAAUUACAGCAACCACUACACAAAGUCUGCCCACGUCCAUCACGAUCACGCCAAUUACAUCUUCCUCAAAGGGGGAUCGGAAGUCUAGUUCUAGUAAAAAAUAUGACGAUAAGUCUAGGAGCGAAAAGAAACGAAAGAGACGAAAGGAGGAUUCGUCAUCAAUGGGGCCGCCUGAUAAGAUGUUAUCUAAGCAAGAUAGUUUGAAUCGGGGAGUUAGUGUUAGUAUAAAAACGGCAGAUGGUUCGUCUGUUUCGUCAGAGCUUUUGAAGAAAAUUUCUAGUUCAGGGUCUAAACUGUCAUCUGGUUCCUUAGGGCGGCCGAGUCCGAAAAAUUCGCCGUCGCAUAUCAGUCCAAAGCAUAUUUCUGGUAGCACGAAUAGCCCCAAGCCGGGACAUUACAAUACUUCGUCUCCUAAACAUACUUCAUCCGGGAGUUCCGGUAAGCCCAGUAUGUCCGCUCUUAAGAGCGCGACAAAUUCAAGUCCGAAAAGUGAGAAGGGUAGUUCGAAGUCGUCGUCGAGUCGGGAUAAGGAUAGGGAUAGAGAUAGGGAACGUAGUGGUGGUAGUAAGAGUAGUACAGGUUCGAAUAGUCCGAAGCUGAAGUCUUCGGCGGUGAAACUUAAGCAAAUUGACCUAAGUGCAGCUUUAUUGCCGACUUGUGAUCAGUUUUCGUUUGAUGAGGCGACAGAGGGGCAUAUAUCUGGUGGUGGUGGCAAUAGUCUUGGCGGUAGCAGUGAUUUGGGUAAGCCGUUGAUUUCGCCUGGAGGAAGUGCUAACGCUGCAAAUAAGGCUCGGAAGGGUUCGUUAAGUGCAGUUAUUGAUAAACUUAAGUCUGCGCAGAAUACAGGGGAGGAGUUGGUAGUAAAUUCUGGACAGUUGCACGCUGAGCCCGGACAUUUUUCGAGUAUUAAUAUGCGUGAGAAAAUCGGUGCCGGUAGUGGUGGGAAGCUUUUGUAUAAUUCGACAGUGAAUCAUUCAGUUAAAACAACGUUGGCUGGUGCAGGAGCGCUGCAGGCCUCGUCAUUGCAAUCUAAUCAGAAUUCUGAGUACAUGAUCAAGCCGAGCCUAGAUGGCAUGAAGAUAACAAUCAACAAAACUCGUACGAAAGAUUCGCCAUCAUCGGCCGGUAGUAACAGUAGCAAUAGUAAGGGUGGAUCUACGUCGACGCCUGGCUCAUUCUCAAAAAUUUUCUCGACCAGCGGUGGGGGAAGUGGUUCAGGGUCGCCGAAGCGUCACACUGGUCUUAAACCGGGGGUAAAUAGCGGUCCUGCCUCGAAAAAAUCACAAAGUGGCCAGUCCUUUUCAAAACUCAACUUAGGUUCGCAAUCUUAUCCGAAUAUUCCGGGUCGUGGUAAUUUUCAAAAAUCAAGUUCAUCGGGGAGUUUGUCAUCCUCGACAUCUUCCAAGAGCUCAUAUUCGUCUAGUAAAAGCUUAAGUUCUAGUUCACUCUCGAAUGCCGCGGAUUCGCUGAAAAAAGACAAAGCGAAAAAUCGGACGGACGCGUCGGAUGUAAUGAAAAUGUUAGGGUUCGCAUCGCCAAUGGAAGGGUUCAUGAAAUCAUUGAAUACAAAGUUUCAAAUUCCGAAAUUGUCUGCUCGGACGAACGAUGAUUCGAAAAAAUCCGAUCCUAGUAGAGUGAAUAGUUCUAGUACGGUGUUGAGUUCAACUACCGCUGUUUCAACUGUUGCAACUACAACGCCUCCUUCUGUGGCACAAAUAGUUACAUCGCCUCCGAAAUGUAGUACGACAGUUGCGCCCGCUACGACUGUUGCUAAUGAAGGUUCAAAACCUUUUUCGGAUAUUUUUUCAAAGGACAUGCAAUCGAAGUAUCCGUUCAGUGUUUCGAAGCUGCCAAUGGAACCUGCGGGUCAGUCUGGUAAUGCAACUUUGAAUAAUGCGACAUUCAACAAGGUUUCUAGCUUUUACAACCCCAAUCCAAACCCACCGAAAUAUCCGCAAGACGUUCAGAAUCGAAAUACCAAAAGUCCAUUAUCUCAUAUUAGUAUAACGAAUAGUAUUGCGCAAAAGGACUUUUCGCAGAAAACGCUUCCGCCCGCAGCUCCGAUUUCAACUUCGGCUGCUCCAAUUCAAAUCAUUUCGCCACCAUAUACGCCGACGAAUUGUCCGAUCACUAAGCCCUCGGUAUUCCCGACAUCACAGGCUGGUGUGGAGAUGUCCGCCGCAACAACGAUUCCAGUGACUAGUAGACAAUCUGAUGAGAGUGUAAUGCGGCCACCUUCGGCUCCGUGUACCACUGCUCUGGACAUGUCUAGAAGUGCUUCCAGUGAACUUGAUUUAAGUGUGAAAGCAGAGGCUAGUAAACCCGUUCCUGCACCACAGCGUCCUUCGUCCGUUGAAGCUGUUUCUUUGGCGUCCGGCUCGCCAAAUAGUGCAGCUCCGUCGGCCAUUCGAAAGGUGAACUCUACCGCGUUGGUGCCUCAGCAUAAAAUGGGGUUUCCUGCUUCGCCUUCGGUGUCGGUCCAUAUUGUCAAAUCACCCGUCCCAUCCCCUCUCAUGGUAUUGCCGUCGCCGCAUUCUAACUCUCCCUGCAUCACGGACGACGAACUCAUGGACGAAGCGCUCGUCGGUAUUGGUGGCAAAUGACGCCAAGUUCUCGUUGCACUUAAUUGUACGGUCGACGUUUCAUUUUAAGACUUAAAUAUUUCUAAGUGCAAGCUGGAUUGUUUUUACCUCGGAAUAUUAAUUGCUGGGAGUGUGGCGUUCCGGGAGCCAUUUGCGACGUCCGAUUCGAAAAAGAAAAAGACUUAUUCGUGGAGGGGCCCGGUUGGGUCGAUGCGGACUGAUAUAUGGUCAUGUGUCUGACCUAGGCGCCUCCACAUUUUGAAAACAGGUUGGGGUGACUUUCCGAUCACCCAAGACAAUUCGUUUAUGUUUGAGAUGCAGCUGCUCAAUUCCCAUAGUUGCCCGGUGAUAUAGUUAAAUAUUGAAGACUGUAAUUGGCGAGAUCUAACCCUCAAGGAGGUGUCCCCGAAAUGAACGGGUGGAAGACGGUGUAGAAGUUGCUUGAGAGCGCGGGUCCACGUUCACAUUAGAGCGUCGAUUGUUAUUCUGGGUAAAUGAUGAAAUCGAAUAGACGACGAAACGCAUAAAACGAUGAUAUUUUAGUUUAAUAGUAUUUAAUCUGGUAAGAGAGUCUAAUGUACAUUUUAUAACUUAAUCACAUCUUGUUAUAUUUAAUUUUUAAAAUUGAUUCGCUAGUUAGUCAAAGUACCCGAAGUAAACAUGACCGUAAAAGUCAUCUAAUGUAAUUGACCAUUAAUUUCUA